UCUGUGGGCCCGGGACGCCCCUGCCCGGCGCUGCGGGACCUCGAGGGGCUUUUGUGACGCGGGGUUCCAGGCUCCCGCCCGCACGCAUCACUGGAAGCAGCCGGUGAGGGCAGGGACCGCGCCCCGCACCUCCCGUCCUCCCUCCCGGUGCGGGCCGCAGCCGGGACCGAGAGGGACCGGCCGGGAGCCCCGGGGCGGCGGCAGCGCGGGCAGCAUGAGCAUCUGCCAGCUCCCGGUGGUGAUGGACAACGGCUCGGGAGUGAUGAAGGCGGGCCUGGCGGGGUCCCGGGAGCCCCAGUUUGUGUACCCAAACAUUAUGGGCCGGGUCAAAGGCCAGAGCAGGGCGGCCCUGGGCGUGCAGGAGCUGUACGCGGGCGACCAGGCGCACAGCCGGAGAAGCGCGCUGGCCAUCAGCUACCCAGUGGAGCGUGGCCUCAUUACUUCCUGGGGGGACAUGGAGGUCAUGUGGAAGCACGUCUAUGACCAUAGCCUGAAGCUGAAGCCCUGUGAUCAGCCGGUUUUGAUCACUGAGCCAGCCCUGAACCCACUAGCCAACCGACAACAGAUGGCUGAAAUAUUUUUUGAGCAUCUGGGGGUUCCUGGCUUCUAUAUGUCCAUCCAGGGGGUGCUGGCUCUCUUUGCGGCCGGCUUCACCACUGGCUUUGUGAUGAAUUCAGGGGCUGGGGUUACUCAGUGUGUGCCCAUUUUUGAAGGUUACUGUUUGCCUCAUGGUGUCCAGCAGCUACCUCUGGCUGGCCUUGACCUCACCAACUACCUCAUGAGUCUGUUGAAGGACCAUGGCAUCGUACUGCUUAGCGCUGCAGACAGAAGGAUUGUCGCAGAUAUCAAGGAAACCUCUUGUUACGUGGCAAUGAACUACAAAGAGGAAAUGGACAAGAAAUGUAGUAGCAUGGAGAAAGUUUACCAGCUGCCUGACGGGAGGGUGAUCAAGCUCUAUGACCAGCUCUUUCAAUGUCCAGAGGUCCUUUUUUGCCCAUCUCUCAUGAACCUGGAGACCAUGGGCAUUGAUAAGAUGUGCUACAGCAGCAUAAUGAAAUGCGAUAAAGAUCUGAGGAAUUCCCUUUUCUCCAAUAUCAUCCUUGCCGGGGGAUCAACCUUGUUCCCUAAUUUAGACAGGCGGCUAGUUAAAGAUAUAGCAAAGUUGGCGCCUCCCAAUACCCCUAUACAGGUUAGGGCUCCCCCAGAAAGGAAAAUAUCGGCGUGGAUGGGAGGCUCUAUUCUUGCAUCCCUGUCUGCCUUCCAGGACGUGUGGAUCACUGCUAAAGAAUUUAAAGAAGUAGGUCCCAACAUAGUACACCAAAGAUGCUUCUGAAUCUAGAUAAAAUGCUUACAAGAAAAUGUUCCAAGCACGUGGGACAGAAAACUUGGGGAUAUUAUGUUUCUGGGAGAACAGAAAAUAUUUCAAUUAUAGGACUGUCCAUGCCUCUGUUGCAUUUCUAUUGUAUAAUCGGGGGAAAUAAUGGCAAAGCAGUAAAACAACCUGUUUAUGGAUUAGGGCGAAAUUAAAUGCUAUAGGAAACACUAUUUUUGACUUUGGAGAUCUGACAUUUCCCUUGGAGAGAGAACAACUUGUGGUACAACGUGUCAUAUGCCACAUGAGUGAUAUAGAUUCAAGUUCGAUGAAGUUUAAGGAACAAAAGGUUGCUAUGAGGAAAGAUUUCAUAGCAAAAGCAUGCCAUCAUAGAUGGAAUGGCAUUGGGAGGGGUAAGGGGGGAGGGACAGAGGGCAGAUAUUCAGAAAUGCAUUAAGGAAAUGAACAAGGGGCUAAAGAUGAAAAUAAACUAAGUGUAUUCAAGGCAUGUUCAGUGAAUGGUUUUGUUAAAAUGAAGAAAAAACUCAUAUGGAGCAACACUAGGAAGGUAAAUUAAGGCCAGAGGCUGGAAGGCUUUGUGUUAAACGUCAUAUAAGCAAAGAGGAACAAUUAAAGAUUUAAAAGCAGAAGACAUAAGGGAAUUGAGAUGAAUGUGGCAAUAAUUUGGAGGAUAAAUUGGGGAGGCUCUGGAGAUCUGAUGUUCAGUUAAAAACUAGAC